AUGGCCGGCGUGAGGCCGGACAUCGGUCAAACCGUGGUCAUUCCGAGAGUGGGCGACAAUCUGGCCCAGGCCUUGGCCAGGUUGGAUGAGUUGGCCAACGGCGCGGACUUUGCGCUGGGGCACAACCUGAUCGCUUUCGACCUGCCCCACCUGAGGGCGGCCAAUCCCCGCCUGCGGUUGCUGGAUCUGCUUGCGGUGGAUACCUUGCGGCUCAAUCCGCUGGCCUUCCCCCGCAAUCCGUAUCACCAUCUGGUCAAGCACUACCAGGACGGGUCGCUGAUACGGGGCCGCCGGAACGAUCCCGAGCUGGACGCCAGGCUUACGCUGGAGGUGUUCGACAACCAGCAAAAGGCCUUCCGCGAAGCGCGGGCGGAAUUGCUCACGGCCUGGCACUGGCUUACCACGGCAGUAGACAGCGCGGGGUUCGACCAGUUUUUCGCGUUCCUGCGGGCCUCGCCUCGGCCGUCCGACGCUGAGGCCCGGGAUGCCAUUCAUCGGUGCCUGGCCGGCAACUCCUGCCUCACCCAGGCCAAGAUGGCCGUGAUGGAUGCGGCACAGCAGGGCUGGGAAGUUGCCUACGCGCUGGCGUGGUUGUCAGUGGCCGGAGGCAACUCGGUGAUGCCGCCCUGGGUGCGUCAUCAAUUUCCAGGAGCGGGCCGGCUGGUUCGCCAGCUGCGGGAUAACGCCUGCAGCGAUCCCGACUGCGACUGGUGCCGGGAACGGCACGACGUCCGGCGGGAGCUGUCGCGCUGGUUCGGCUUUGACGACUUCCGGCCCGAGCCGGCGGGGGAGGAUGGGCGGCCGCUGCAGCGAGACAUCGUCGAGGCGGCCAUGGCCGGAGAACACGCGCUGGGGAUCCUCCCCACCGGCGCCGGCAAGUCGCUCUGCUACCAGCUGCCGGCGCUGACCCGCUACGACAGGACCGGCGCCCUGACGGUGGUGAUCUCACCGCUGGUGGCCCUGAUGGCCGACCAGCGUGCCAACGCGCGGGAGCGGGUGCGCCUGGGCGACGCCGGCAUCCUGAUCAUCCCGCCGGAGCAACUGCGAAGCGUGUCCCUGCGGCGGGUCCUGCACCAGCGGGAGAUCGGAUCCUGGGUGUUGGACGAGGCCCACUGCCUCUCCAGGUGGGGGCACGACUUCCGGCCCGAUUAUCGCUACGUGGGACGGUUUAUCCGGGAGAAGGCGGGACAGGAUCCUAUUCCACCGGUCUUAUGCCUGACCGCCACUGCCAAGCCUGAUGUGAAGGAGGAGAUCGCCGACUAUUUCAAAGCAGAGCUGGGCAUCAAGCUCAGGGUGUUCGACGGAGGCGCCCGGCGCACCAACCUGGACUUCGUGGUGGUGCCGACCCGGGGCUCGGCCAAGUUCGACGACAUUUACCAGUUGCUGCAGGAGGACCUGCCGGAGCAUAUGCCGGGCGGCGCCAUAAUUUAUUGCGCCACGCGUCGGCACAGCGAAGAGGUGGCGCAGUUCCUGCAGGAGAAGGGUGUCAAGGCGGACUACUUCCAUGCGGGGUUGCCGCCGGAGACCAGGAAACACGUCCAGGAGAGCUUUAUCCGCGGCGACCUGCGUGCCAUCGCCGCCGCCAAUGCCUUUGGCAUGGGCAUCGACAAACCGGACGUGCGCCUCGUGAUCCACACCGACAUUCCCGGGUCCCUGGAGAACUACCUGCAGGAGGCGGGAAGAGCGGACGGGAUCAGCAGGCGGCCCGCUGCGUGCUGCUCUAUUCCCAGGACGACGUGGAGCGACAGUUCGGGAUGUCGGCCCGUUCAAGACUGA